CCCACGCUCACCUGUAACAUAUAAGUAGAAUAGUGGUGAAAUAAAAUAAUUGGGUGAGUCCUAAGUGGUAACAGUAAAAGAAUUGUUGACUGAUUAAUAUUUCCUGGCUUCCUCACUAUAUAAACGAGCUUAUGCCGUCCUAGUUUCAACCUCAAAAGCAACAAACCUUUUCUGCAUAUUUCUUCUUCUUCUUAAUUAAAAAUGAUGAACACAGACGUUGAGAGCCUGUGGAUCUUCGCUCUGGCUUCGAAAUGUCAAUCUCUCUCUCCCUUCAACACCAUCGCCUUGGCAUUCCUGGCUCUCCUCUCAUGUAUAACCAUCAACCUGAUCGUCUGGUCCCACCCCGGCGGCCCAGCUUGGGGCGCCUACAAAUGGCGGCGGCGCAAUUCGAAUUCUCCCCCGAUUCCGGGGCCGAGGGGCCUCCCCGUGAUCGGCAGCAUGGACCUGAUGAUGGGUCUGGCCCACCGCAAGAUCGCCGCCGCAGCAGCAUCGUGCGGCGCCAAGCGCCUGAUGGCCUUCUCCCUGGGGCAGACGCGCGCCGUCGUGACCUGCAAUCCCGAGGUGGCCAGAGAGAUCCUCAACAGCGGAACCUUCUCGGACCGGCCGGUCAAGGAAUCCGCGUACCACCUCAUGUUCAACCGCUCCAUCGGCUUCGCGCCGUACGGCGUGUACUGGACGGCGCUGAGGAAGAUGGCCGCGCAGCACCUCUUCUGCCCCAGGCAAGUCCGGGCGGCGGAGAAGCAGCGCCUCGACAUAGCCAAUCAGGUGGCGGCGCUGCUCGCCGCCAGCCAAUCAGGAGGCGGCGGCGUGCGCGUGAGGGAUGCGCUUAAGGUGGCCUCGCUCAACAACAUGAUGUGCUCCGUGUUCGGCUCGGCUGGCGCGGACGCGGCUGAGCUGCAUGAUUUAGUGGAGCAGGGGUACCACCUCCUGGGCCUCAUCAACUGGUCCGACCACCUCUCCUUCUUAGCCGAUCUCGACCUGCAGAAAAUCCGGCUCAGGUGCUCCCGUCUCGUGCCGCGGGUGAACCGCUUCGUCGCCCGGAUCAUCCAGCAGAGAAAGGCGGAGGGCGGCGGCGCUGCUUUUCUCGAUGUUCUGCUCUCGUUGCGGGGCCCUGAUAGGCUGUCGGAUUCAGACAUGAUCGCCGUUCUCUGGGAAAUGAUAUUUAGGGGAACGGACACAGUGGCAGUUCUGAUGGAAUGGAUAUUGGCGAGACUAGUGUUGCACCCUGAUGUCCAAUCGAAGGUCCACGAUGAGCUAGACAAAGUUGUGGGGAGGUCACGUGCGGUUAGCGAAUCGGAUCUAACGGAGCUAGUGUACUUGACGGCAGUGGUGAAGGAGGUAUUGAGGUUGCACCCUCCAGGCCCCCUUCUCUCCUGGUCCCGUCUUUCCAUCAGGGACUCCCUCGUCGACGGCUAUCACGUGCCUGCAGGGACCACUGCCAUCGUCAAUAUGUGGGCCAUCAUGACGGACCCUCAGGUUUGGGACGACCCCCUCACAUUCAACCCCGACCGUUUCCUCGCUCCUGAUUUUAACACUGACUUCUCCGUCUUCGGAUCGGACCUUCGUAUAGCGCCUUUCGGGUCGGGUCGGAGGUCGUGCCCCGGCAAGGCAUUGGGAAUGACCACGGUCAACUUUUGGGUGGCUACCCUUUUGCAACAAUUCCAAUUCCACUCUUCUGGUCAACGCGUUGAUUUGUCGGAAUUGCUGAGACUGUCUUGUGAAAUGGCUAACCCUCUCGUGGUGCAGGUCCAAUCCAGGCGCAUUCUCCCCACUUCCAACUGUUAGAUUUAUAUAUAUAUUACAUUUUUUAAACAAAGAAAAAGUUAUGAAAUUUCAUAAUAUUAUGUAUAUGGCUAGCUACUGGGUGUGCUCCAUCUAUGUAAAUCUAUAUUAUAAUCUCUACAUUUUAAUAUCAGCUAUUUUUGCUUU